AAUGCCUCGUCGAAAAUAACAAAUGUUUUUGUUUCCUAUGUUAUCUAUGUGUUGUUUUUUUGUGCUUGUUAUAUAAAUAAACUACGUUUAAAGAACUUUGUUGUUAUUUUUUCUUAGCGGAGUUUACCGGAAGUUACGUGCGGAUCGCGACAGCCGCUUGUUUAUGUUGUUACUGCUGAAACCGUCUAUAAAAAACAUUACGUUACCUUAAUAAAUUCAGUGUUAUGAUUUCAGCAUAACUUAGGAAGAUGUGCAUAGUGCAGAACAUAUUUUCAUAUAUAUUUCUGUCAGUGUGAUCUCAAAGUAGUGGGUUUGCUGUUAUUGUAAUGUGCAGGCAGGAGGUCCCCCCCCCCUUCAUCAAUGGUUAUGAUGCACCAGUGUUGAGCUUAUGGCCAAGCAUCCUGAUUUCAUCAAUUAUAAAGGAGGAUCUUGAUUACGGACAUCUUAAAUUCAUCAGGCCUGAUGUCUCAGGAAGCUUUUGUUGGAGUUCCAGGUUCAGAUUCCAGCAGAAAGGAGCCUAGUCCUACCAAAAUGUGUCCAGAAACCUUGUUACUGAGCCCAGCGGAGGAGUCAGUAGGGCGGUUUUGCCGUAGACUGAUAUAUAGAAAGAAAUGUAUUAAUGUGUCAGAUGAAAGCUCUUUAAAUUCUGCUGGUAAACUCCCAAUCUCUCAGCCAUCCAACAGCAGUGAGACAAAUCAAGAGAAAUACAGCUGUGAACUUUGUGGCGUAGAGUAUUGCCGCAAACAAAACUUGGUGUCUCACAUGCGAAUACACACAGGCGAAACUCCAUACGACUGUAAACUGUGUGGUAAGUUUUUCCGCCGUUCAGACCACCUAAAGGUGCACAUUAAAUUCCACAUGGGUGAGAAGCAAAAGAAGAACAAACCCUAUGUUUGUGAACAGUGCGGAAAGAAGUUUGGAACAUCCACUGUAUUCCAAAGUCACAUGUGGAAACACAGCGGUGAAAGGCCGUAUGCCUGCUCGCUCUGUGAUAAAGCAUUUUUCAGUGAGGGCUUACUUAAAAGUCACAAAAAUGAUUGUCACUCAGAAGAAAGGGCUUUUAUUUGCUCUUUGUGUGGACACAGCUUCAAACGCGUGGAUACGCUUCGGAAACACACAAGAAUUCACACUGGAGAGAAACCUUAUUCAUGUUCACAGUGUGGAAAAACGUUUACUUAUAAAUACUCACUGAUUUUGCACAAUAAACAUCACUCGUGCAAAGUGUGAUGCACGAUUAUGCACUUGGAAUACAAUGUAUUUUCAUUUUAUGAA